AUGAAGAUGUUUCUCUUACUAGUGAGUCUUUAUCUGCUUGGAUCUGCCAGAGGAUCAUCAGGUCAACCUGAUGAGCUUCCUGGCUCUCUGGAUCAUCAAGCUUCAGUUCAGCAACUUUCAGGUGAGGACGCCUUUAGCGAGCAUGCUGCAGUUGAACACGCUUCGGGUGAGCACACUGCCGUUGAACACGCUUCAGGUGAACAAGCUGCGGCUGAACACGCUUCGGGCGAGCACGCUUCAGGUGAACACGCUUCCAGUGAACAACCUUCAGGUGAACAGCCUUCAGUUGAAAAGCCUGCAGGUGAGCAGCCUUCAGGUCAACAGCCUUCGGGUGAACAGCCUUCAGGUGAACAGGUCGCAGGUGAGCAGUCAUCAGGUGAAGAGCCUUCAGGCCUUCCACCGUCAAGCACAGUUUCAGGCCCGGCAUUAAAUUGCCACACAUGCUCUUUUAUGAAUGAGCAAGGAAAAUGUCUUCGUGGAGAGGGAGUCUGCACUACUCAGAAUUCCCAGCAGUGCAUGUUAAAGAAGAUCUUUGAAGGUGGAAAACUUCAAUUUAUGGUUCAAGGGUGUGAGAACAUGUGCCCAUCUAUGAACCUCUUCUCCCACGGAACCAGGAUGCAAAUUAUAUGCUGUCAGAACCAGUCUUUCUGCAACAAGAUCUAGAAGACUGUGCGCUUGCUUCUUGCUCCAUCACCCUCCUGGUCUCAAUUUAUAUUUAGUUUCUACUUCACUCAACAACUGAUCACAUCUUCCUCUGCCUGAGUGUUGGG